GGGUGUGAUGACAGUAGACGAGCUCAGCUGCUGUUGUUGAUGUGGCCCAGUGCGGAUGUGAAACAUGGAGAAGUAAAAUAAUCCCGACUAAACUCAGAAUCAUCCAAUUCAGCGCAGACACGCAGACAGACGGCGCAUAGGCAGCAUGUUUAAGGGCUGGGGCUCGUGGCUGGGCGCGGAGUCCGUCAAUCAAGAUAAAACAGACAAAGAGGAAAUAGAAGGAGAGAGAGACAUAAACACAGAUCAGACUGAACAAACACAUGAGAUCCUGCAGCAGGCCAAAGGACUCAGCGGCUUCAUUCUGAACUUUGCGAGUAGCGCGACUAAGAAGAUCUCCGAGUCUGUGUCCGAGACGGCGCAAACCAUCAAGAAAACUGUCGAGGAGAGCAACAUCGACGGCAUCAUUGACAAGACCAUUUUAGGAGAUUUUCAGAAAGAGCAGGAAAAAUUUGUCCAAGAGAAGAAUGCAAAGAAAACAGAUGCAGCGGUGCCACCCUGGGUCGGGUACAACGAGGAGGAAACUAUUCAACAGCAGAUUCUAGCUUUAUCUGCUGAUAAGCGGAACUUCCUGCGUGACCCUCCAGCCGGCGUUCAGUUUCAUUUCGACUUCGAUCAGAUGUACCCUGUUGCCCUGGUGAUGUUACAGGAAGAUGAAUUACUCAACAGGAUGCGCUUUGACCUCGUACCAAAACAGGUGAAGGAGGCGGCAUUCUGGAGGAAUUAUUUCUACCGUGUGUCUCUAAUAAAGCAGUCAGCGCAGCUCACAGCUCUCGCCGCUCAACAGCAGGCCGCUGAUAAGAGAGAAGAGGAGAAAAAUGGAGCGACUCCACUGAACGAGAACAACCCAGAGAGCAUCAGACCGAAAACGCCUCCUGUCGCCAUCAGUGCUAAACCCAAGACUAACGAGCAUGAAGAGGAGGAGAUCUCCACCAGUCCUGGUGUUUCUGAGUUUGUGAGUGACGCGUUUGACGCCUGUGACAUCAACCAGGAAGAUCUGAGAAAAGAGAUGGAGCAGCUGGUGCUCGACAAGAAGGCCUCCCCUCAGGAUGAAGAGACGGCUGAUUGGGAGAAGGAGCUACAACAGGAACUGCAGGAGUACGAGGUGGUCGUUGACCCAGAAAAUCGAGACGACAACUGGGACCGUGAGAUCGAGGAAAUGCUGCAGGCAGUCAGUUAAGCAUUACAGCGCCCCCUCUGGUCUGGAUGAUCCACUGCGGCACUGCAGUUUAAAUGAAGGACCAAGAAGAGAGAGGCUUCAAGCGUCGUCUACUAUCUCAUGAAUCUGACUGAAAUGAAUUACCAGGAUAUCCUAUAAGAAUGUGUGCUGUCCGACUUUUAAGAUAUCAAGAAAGAAUCAUGCUAUUUAGCAGUAGAGGGAUUUGGUGUUGUGCCAGUAUGCACAUAUAAAAAGCUUCCUCUGAUUGUAGUCAAAUUUUUGUGCUUAGUGAGAACCUUUAAAUCAGAUGUGAUUUUCUGAUUUAAUCUUUCUGUGUCAUUUUGGGUUAAACUUAUGUUUUUGUGUUCGACACAAACUCAAAAGACUGACUGUCCUGUCCAAACACUGUUGCCACUGCUAAACAAAUAUAAACAGUGCGUAUGGACUUGUUUCUAUUUGACUAUAGGUCAAUGGCUUAUCUCUCAUUCCUUUAUUUGUUAUCUCUCUCGCUCUUGUUUUAAAUGUUGAUUAAAAAUGUGUACUCUGGUACUCACCAGGCAGGGGUUUGGUGAAUUACAUAUUAGGUUUCUCUUUUGGGAUUACCUAAAAUCAUUCUGAAUUACAUACCUGUAAAAUCGAACAAUAUUUACAUGUUUGUUAAUGCAAAGGUUCAUUAUAA